AGAGAGAGAGAGAGAGAGAGAGAGAGGCAGCAGAACUGGGAGGAGAAACCACACACACAACUACAAGCGACAACUUACUUUAAACACUUUGGUUUCGUGCAUCAGCAGGUGAAGAUGAGCGACGCAAACCUGCCCAAGGUUGAACUUUUUGUAAAGGCAGGGAGUGAUGGUCAGAGCAUCGGCAACUGUCCGUUCUCCCAGCGUCUCUUCAUGGUGCUGUGGCUGAAAGGAGUCACAUUUGAUGUGACAACAGUGGAUAUGAAAAGGAAGCCGGAUAUCUUAAAGGAUUUGGCUCCAGGUGCCCAGCCUCCCUUCCUGUUGUACAGCAGCGAGGUCAAAACGGACACGAACAAGAUCGAGGAGUUCCUGGAGGAAAAUCUCUGCCCUCCCAAGUAUCCCCGUCUGGCUGCCCGUAACCCAGAGUCAAACACAGCAGGCAUGGAUGUUUUCUCCAAAUUUUCAGCUUAUGUCAAGAACUCAAACCCUCAGGCCAACGAAAACUUGGAGAAAGGCCUGCUCAAGGCUCUGAAGAAGCUGGACGACUACCUUGGCUCCCCACUUCCUGAUGAAAUUGACGAGAAUAGCACCGAUGAGCUCACUUCCUCAUCCCGCCCCUUCCUGGAUGGACAACAGCUUACUCUGUCUGACUGCAACUUGCUGCCUAAGCUCCAUAUCGUGAAGGUGGUGUGUCUAAAAUACCGAAACUUCAGCAUCCCCCAGUCCCUGACAAACCUCUGGAGGUACCUUAACGCAGCGUACGUCAGGGAAGAGUUUGCCUCCACCUGCCCGAUCGACAUGGAGAUCCACAUCGCCUACUCCUCUGUAGCUAAGGCUCUCAAGUAGGAGCACACCAGGAGGCACGAGUCAUAAAACACAUACAUAGAUAACAUAGAAUACACAAGCACAAAAACACACACUUACUCACCUACACACACACUCUGCAAGCAACCUGGUCGAUCUAUUUCUCCAAAGGCUUUGGCUGCAUCUGUUUGUUUACUUUUUUACAGCUUCAAAAGUUGCUACAUUGUUACAAGGGGUCCUUUUUAAAUCCUUGUAAUUUUAAGGAUUUCAAGGGGGAAAAAUCAAGGCCAUGAAAGCUUUAGAAUAUACAUAAAUAGACAUGAGCUAUUAAGCUAGAAAAGUUAGUCAAUGCCGUGUUGCGUCCUUGAAUAUAAGUGAACAGGGUCAGAAAAGUUGAAUUUGAUGUUUAAAACAAUGUGGGAACCCAUUUGAUAUCACUUUAUACUUUUAGUCAAUAUAUCUGGUUAAUUAUCGUCAAACUGUACUGUUAGUUUUGCUUCAGAGGUGUUUUUUCCUGUAGUUGUCCAACUUUUUGUUUGCCACGUGUCUCAGUUUACACCAGGAGGUAAACAAGGAAGCACUGGAGGCAGAUAAGCUGAUGUAAAGACAAACACAUGCACAAAAAAAGCACUGUGGCAGAAUGUAUUUCCCUUUUCCUCACAUUAACCUGGUUUAAGAUUUUAAUGAUUGACCAUGUUGCUUGCAGGUUACACACACACACACACUACACACACACGUCAACACAGUUAAAACUACAGCCUUGCUUGUGUAGAGUUUCACCAUCAGUAGAUACACACUGUAAAGUUGUUUCUUUAUUCCCUCCCUUUUUUACAGUAUUUCUUUGUAUUUUUUUUAAGGGGCGGGGGGACACAAAGCUGCCUACCAGAUCACAUUGCCAGCCUCACACAAAAUGCUUCAACUCUUUUUUCAGUCUUAGUACUAAAAAAGUGGGUUUCUUUUUUUAGGUUACAUGUGUACCGGCGCCAAAAUGUCUUUUGGGGUUUGCCUAUGUUUUAGAUUCUUAAGAAUGAAUGUAUUAAUUCAUUUCUGAGGAAACAAGGCCUUUUUAUACUUGAGGAUUACAAAUAUAGUUUUUAAAUCAGCAGUUUCUUAUUUUUCACUUCAGAGAGGAAGUGGGGUGCUUUUCCUCUGCGGGCUGCAGACCGGGUCUUGCUUUAGGGAGGCAGAGAUGAGAACAGUUACAGAGACAGGAAACUAUUUCAAUAGACACGGACUUCCCCUUUCUGCGCUCCCACAGUAGGCGUGAAGGAUCAUUCAAGAUUACUCAGCUUGUUUGUCAUCCGCUGUUGUCCUCUUUUUUUAAUGAAGAAUCAUUUUUAGUGUCAUAUAAAAGAAACAAAUCGGGUUGUUAGCUUUUUAAAAUGUGGAUAAAGAAGUUCAAUACCGUUUACUGCUCAUGUGCUGCAAUAAAAUCACUUAUACUGCCCCCUCUGGUCGCCUGGAGAACCAGACCCAAUCCGUUAUAUGUUUCUCAUUCGGGGAAAACAAGGAAGUUAAAUGUAAACAUGGUUAAGGUCUGAAAUUGAAAUUGCACUUGCAGCUCUACAUUGCCAUCCAUUGUUAAUUUAAAGUAAAGGCUGACAAUAUUACAAGUUUUUCUUAUUGUCAAUUGAUCCACUAUGAAUAUUUUUCAUGAAUUAUCCGAUCCAGUCUGGGAAUCUUAAACCAGUCAAGUGACUUGCAAUUGAUAACUGGAAACAAUAACCACAUGCCUCUUACGACUGUAGCGGCAGCUUGUGUAGACAACUUUAUUAACUAAAGUGCAACUAUGCAAAUUAACAUGUGUAGAGGAUGUUUAUAAUCAAGAUUUACACAGUAGGUCUGUUGUGAGCUCAAGAUCACCUCAUCAUGUGUCAUGUCUCUGGGAUUAGAAUGAAGCUAGUAAAAAUUGAAAUGUAACCUAAGUGCAAUUUGAAACGAUUAAAAAGACAAUCUUGUACACAGACGUUUAUAAUGUUAGACUAGUUUAGUAUGAGCACAGUCUGUUAUUUUUUUAUAUGAUUUUAAUUACAUUCUUCUUUUAGGUGUUAUUGAGGACCAGUGUUGAUCAAAGAGAUUAAAGUGUAUAUUUGAUAUUGACUGAAACUUUCAAAAAUGGACCAACGUUUAAAGGGAUAGAGUCUGACUAAUUUCAGUGCUCAUGUAUUAUUGUAUUAGAAUGCAGGAGUUUUUUUUUACUUCUUACCUUGGGACUUGAUAUCAUUUCAUUAAAAUGUUACUCUCAUUAGUUUGUUUUCACUUCAGUUUUUAGACUCAUAUUUUGCCAUUGACUUUGUUUCAUAUAUUCCCCUGCAACCCUGUUAACCUUUAGUUUUGAACUUUUACAUAUCAUGUAGUCAAAAGAGGUUGCACUUAAACGUCUAAAUCAUCAGUGGCAUGGACACUAACCCAGUAGAUCCCAAUAAUCAAGGAAAACAAUCAAACUAGUAACACAAAUGAAAUUUAUUUUGCAGAUCAAAGCCCUUUACGAGACACAUUUAUUGAAAUCCCAAUAAAGAAAUACCUUGCUGAAAAAUGAA